GUAGUAGUGUGUAACCCAUACAAAUACUGAAAUACAACUAAAAACACAAUUCAAUUUUCACUCAUUCAUUCCUCCUACUAUUUUCCCAUUCCCAAUCAAAUGGGUUCGCUGAGACGAGGUGUUAUCAACCUCCGCAGAUUCCUCACUUCAUCUAAUCCCACCGCAUCUCCUCUUCCUCGCUAUUCUCUUUCUUCUCCUUUCAGCUCCCUUCAUAUCGAUUUGUCUGACGAAGAAAGCAAAAGGCGCUUGUUUAACAGGCUAAUUUAUAGAAGCAAACAACGAGGGUUCUUGGAACUCGACUUGGUUCUCGGCAAAUGGGUGGAGGACAAUGUUCACUCCUUGGAUGAAAAUCGUCUUCGAGCUCUCGUUCAUGUCCUCGACUUGGAGAAUCCAGAUCUAUGGAAGUGGCUAUCUGGACAGGAGAAACCUCCAGAAUCAGUUAGCAGUAAUCCAGUUUUUGCUGCAAUGCAUGAAAGAGUUAUGAAGAACCUUGAGAGCCAUUCUUCCCCAGAAACGAGAGCAACACCUGGCCAACCAUGGGUAAGGGGUUGGGAUGAUAUCAAGAAAGGUCGGGACGGUCCCAUUGCUGGGAAUCAGUAGCUUGAGAACACAAGAUCUUGUCAUUUGUAACAAUGAAAAAGAAUGCCUUUUUUACCAUUUUUAUUACUAUAAAUAAGUAACGGGUUACUGCAACUCAAAGGUUUGUAUUAGCAAGUGGAGAUCAGCACAAAGGAAGAAAAAUAAAACUAGAAGAUUGGAACUUUCUGGACUAAA